GAUAACCCUCCGCACUAGUGACCGAAACAUGUCAGCUUCGUCUCUCCGAUUUUCCUUCCUACCAUCAUAUAGCUUCCAUACUGAAUUUCAUAUACGUUGGCUUAUGUUCAUAGACUAUAGUUUACCUUGUUGGACUCAUUUUAAAACAGUGAAAUAAUGCCUAAGAAUAAAAAUAUAAAAAAGCGUGGAGGUGGCAGAGCACAAGAAGGUGCCACUCAGUUGCAGCCCCGGCAGAGAAAUGAAGAAGAUGAUGAAAGUUUAGUAGAUCAAUGGAGUACUCAGAGUGUGUUAUCAGAUGAUUCAAGCUGGCCUGGUUCAGACCCAGCAGCAGGAGGUGAAGAAUCAUCUGAAGACACAUCUCAGCAGGAUCUCUUUGAGGACAAGUUUACAGAAUGUAUGGAUGGUCUUUUGGAGAAAAGUGCAAAGCCAAGAAUAACAGCAUUGCAAGGGAUUCAGAAAGCAUUACAAAAAAAAUAUGUAGCAGAGUAUCUUCUAGAAAGAAAAGAGACUCUGUCAGAUAGCCUGGUGAAGUGUCUGAGGAAAGGAAAAGGUGAGGAGCAGGAACUAGCAGCUGCCUGUCUGAGUCUGGUUGCCGUCCAGUUGGGCUCUGAGGCUUCAGCCAUGUAUGACAGCAUCCACCCUGUGCUGACCACCCUGAUGACAGACAACUCCACCCACUACAAGGCUCGCGGGGCGUGUGCCAUUACACUUGCCACUUGCUGUUUCCUCUGUUCUGAUGACUUGGAGAAAGCAAAAGCUCUGACUAAAACCUUGGAAGACAUGUUCAGUCUUGGCUAUGGGAAGGGGGAGAACUCUCCUAGUGUCACACCAGAACAGAGCUGGCUGAUGUGCCAAGCCUUGAGUGCUUGGUGCCUUCUGUUGACCAUCUCUCCACAGUAUGAGGUCCAGACUCACAUCAACAACCACUUGGGUUCGCUGCAGGACUUGUUGAAGAACUCUGAUGUAGAUCUGCGCAUCACUGCUGGUGAGGCCAUCGCCCUGCUCUAUGAGCUGGCCAGGGAUUCUGAAGAAGAUUUUGAACAUGAGGAUGAAGAAAGUCUAUGUGAACUGUUGAAGCAGCUAGCAACUGAUUCUGUGAAACAUCGAGCUAAGAAAGACAGACGCCACCAGAGGUCAUGCUUUAGGGAUGUACAGCGUUAUGUUGUAGAUAUAGAGAGUCCAAAUGAAGUUGUCAAACUUGGUAAAGAAAAUCUUCUUGAACUCAGCAGCUGGUCUCAGAAGCGCCAGUAUGAUUCUUUUUGUCAUGUGCUGAUGACUGGGACCUUGGUUCAUAUGAAGGUGAAUCCAAUACUGAGAGAUAUGUUUGACUUGGGGGCACCUGGCUUGGAUGAUUACAGCCACACCAAGUCUCUCUCUAAAGCUCAAAGGACAUUCAUCAACGCUGCCGCCUUUAAAGCCAGGACGAAAGCUCGGGCCAAACAUCGUGACAAAAGAGCAGUGACUGUCAAUGCUUACUGAGUCCUCUGCUAGAAGGUUGAGGUGGUCUCUCAUUCAAGGCUUUAGUUCAAAUUGCAUAAUGAUGGUGGUCAUAUUCUAUUGCAGUAAUGCUAACACUAUUUUGUUUUAGAUUAGUUUUUAAGUAGUCUUAAUUUGAUACAAUGGCCUAGCAUUGUAGUAACUGCCUGACAUCAGGAAGAUUGGUUUUUCUCAUGAAAUGGUAUUGAAAUGAGUGGCAUUUGUAUUGUAUUCUUGGAUCUGUGCUGUUCCCCAGUUUGACCUAUAAUUUUUCUAGUCAACUGGUGUGUGACUGCUUGCUGUCCCCUGUACAGCUCUGGACUGCCCAACUAAUGUAUUUCCUAGAUAUUAUUUAAAGCAAAUGUAUUUCCUAAAUAUUUAGAGCAUUGAAUAGGAAUGCAAUAAAGAAUAUUGGCAUAUGAUUAUGUAAUUUAAAUUUAUUUUUACUUUGCAUUGUUCAGUUUUUAGACUAUUUCAUCUCAUGGCAUUGUUUUUUUGUUUUUUUUUCUUUUUGAAAAAUUUAAAACCUCAAAGUUGUAUUGUGUUAAAAUUUUACAUUGAAAGUAUUUGAUAAUGUUGAAGCUAUAUUUUUAUUUCUACACAUUGCAGCAUUUUGUUUAGAUCAUACAUUUAUAGCCAUGUAAUAUUGAAACAAGUUUACAGAAACCAACUGUAGCUGAAGAUUUCUUGUUUAGAUCAUACAUUUAUACCCAUGUAAUAUUGAAACAAGUUUACAGAAACCAACUGUAGCUGAAGAUUUCUUGUUUAGAUCAUACAUUUAUACCCAUGUAAUAUUGAAACAAGUUUACAGAAACCAACUGUAGCUGAAGAUUUCUUGUUUAGAUCAUACAUUUAUACCCAUGUAAUAUUGAAACAAGUUUACAGAAACCAACUGUAGCUGAAGAUUUCUUGUUUAGAUCAUACAUUUAUACCCAUGUAAUAUUGAAACAAGUUUACAGAAACCAACUGUAGCUGAAGAUUUAGUGACCUGUGGGUUGUAAAUCAUACACAGUUGUCUGCACAUGCAAUGAAAUAUUUUCCCAUGAUUAGAAUGUCCUAGUUUAGCACAGCAUAAUAUUCUGUGAUAUCAUCAUUCCUCUCAACAAACUGGUUGAUCUACUAACUUUUAUCAUGGAUUAGGUUCAUUGAUUGCACACAUUUGACUGUUUGGUUGUGGUUUUGUGGGGUUUUUGAUUAUUCAAAUUAUGUCUGAAAUUUUUCAUCUUAUUUAAUCAAAGAUUAUUUUUCUUGUUGUUGCAAGAUAAUUUUUAAAGAACAUUUUUAUUUGAUACUUGUAUAUAUGUAUGGACAGACAAGAGAAUGGUUUAGUUUGGUGUGCCAGUGGGUUUCAUUAUUUUAAGAAUUGUAUCAUGUUUUAACCAUAGAUAUUUUAACUUAUGCAAUGUUGAAUAUGGUGUCAAUGUUUGUAUGGUUUAAGUGUCUGAUACUAUUUGCUUUAUGCUGUAUUUAAUCGUAGUUGGGGGUCUGCUAUUUGUAGUGUGUGACUAUUACAUCCAGUAGGCCACUUAUACACCAUGACAUUGAGAAGUUGUCAAACUUAAGUCCCAUUUUGAGAUCAUCACAUGGAAACAAAAAAAAAGGUGCCUUUCUUCUUUCCCCCCCCCCCCCCCCCCCCCAUGACCCCCCAUGAUUUUGUAUUAAUUGUGGUGUGACUGUUGGGAACCUGCCUGUUGUACAUAAACUUAGUUAUCAUCAGUUCUCUGUGAUGUCUCCACCCACCCAAGUGGGACAUGUUUUCUCUCUGCUGUCUGUACCGGUACCUAGUGUUUUGUAAAUAGAUUGGAAAUAGCUUUUUUGUCACCAGGUAUUUAUGUAAAUACUGUAGUUACAUUAUCUUUCAAAUUUAUUUUUUAAAAAUUUGUUUUGAAUCUAUCAAAAUUCUUUUUUCCGGACAAUGGAAAUUGAAAAAAAAAAUCAGUAUGUAAGUAUGUGCUUCUGUCUGUUCUUAGUUUCAGCACCCAUCAUGAGACAUUUAUUUUUCUUUAGUAAAUUAUUUGUGCGUGCAUUUUGUUAGUCCCAGAAUGAAAGAAAUUGUAUAUUUUAGCUUUUGUUCCCUUGAUGCUCUCCCCUGUCUGAAUCUAUUAUAGUUGGACCAUGUACAUGAGAUGAUGUGUGGCUUCAGACUUCCCAGAUGUGUUUAGUGGGUGAGCUGACAGUAAUGUGUGGUUGUCUAGAUGUGUGGCUUCAGACUUCCCAGAUGUGUUUAGUGGGUGAGCUGACAGUAAUGUGUGGUUGUCUAGAUGUGUGGCUUCAGACUUCCCAGAUGUGUUUAGUGGGUGAGCUGACAGUAAUGUGUGGGUGUCUAGAUGUGUGGCUUCAGACUUCCCAGAUGUGUUAGUGGGUGAGCUGACAGUAAUGUGUGGUUGUCUAGAUGUAUGGCUUCAGACUUCCCAGAUGUGUUUAGUGGGUGAGCUGACUGUGUGGUUGUCUAGAUGUAUGGCUUCAGACUUCCCAGAUGUGUUAGUGGGUGAGCUGACAGUAAUGUGUGGGUGUCUAGAUGUGUGGCUUCAGACUUCCCAGAUGUGUUAGUGGGUGUCUAGAUAUGUGUGGGUGUCUAGAUGUGUGGCUUCAGACUUCCCAGAUGUGUUAGUGGGUGUCUAGAUAUGUGUGGGUGUCUAGAUGUGUGGCUUCAGACUUCCCAGAUGUGUUAGUGGGUGUCUAGAUAUGUGUGGGUGUCUAGAUGUGUGGCUUCAGACUUCCCAGAUGUGUUAGUGGGUGUCUAGAUAUGUGUGGGUGUCUAGAUGUGUGGCUUCAGACUUCCCAGAUGUGUUAGUGGGUGUCUAGAUAUGUGUGGGUGUCUAGAUGUGUGGCUUCAGACUUCCCAGAUGUGUUUAGUGGGUGAGCUGACAGUAAUGUGUGGUUGUCUAGAUGUAUGGCUUCAGACUUCCCAGAUGUGUUAGUGGGUGUCUAGAUAUGUGUGGGUGUCUAGAUGUGUGGCUUCAGACUUCCCAGAUGUGUUUAGUGGGUGAGCUGACUGUGUGGGUGUCUAGAUGUGUGGCUUCAGACUUCCCAGAUGUGUUUAGUGGGUGAGCUGACUGUGUGGGUGUCUAGAUGUGUGGCUUCAGACUUCCCAGAUGUGUUUAGUGGGUGAGCUGACUGUGUGGGUGUCUAGAUGUGUGGCUUCAGACUUCCCAGAUGUGUUUAGUGGGUGAGCUGACUGUGUGGGUGUCUAGAUGUGUGGCUUCAGACUUCCCAGAUGUGUUUAGUGGGUGAGCUGACUGUGUGGGUGUCUAGAUGUGUGGCUUCAGACUUCCCAGAUGUGUUUAGUGGGUGAGCUGACUGUGUGGGUGUCUAGAUGUGUGGCUUCAGACUUCCCAGAUGUGUUUAGUGGGUGAGCUGACUGUGUGGGUGUCUAGAUGUGUGGCUUCAGACUUCCCAGAUGUGUUUAGUGGGUGAGCUGACAGUAAUGUGUGGUUGUCUAGAUGUGUGGCUUCAGACUUCCCAGAUGUGUUUAGUGGGUGAGCUGACAGUAAUGUGUGGUUGUCUAGAUGUGUGGCUUCAGACUUCCCAGAUGUGUUUAGUGGGUGAGCUGACAGUAAUGUGUGGUUGUCUAGAUGUGUGGCUUCAGACUUCCCAGAUGUGUUUAGUGGGUGAGCUGACAGUAAUGUGUGGUUGUCUAGAUGUGUGGCUUCAGACUUCCCAGAUGUGUUUAGUGGGUGAGCUGACUGUGUGGGUGUCUAGAUGUGUGGCUUCAGACUUCCCAGAUGUGUUUAGUGGGUGAGCUGACAGUAAUGUGUGGCUUCAGACUUCCCAGAUGUGUUUAGUGGGUGAGCUGACUGUGUGGGUGUCUAGAUGUGUGGCUUCAGACUUCCCAGAUGUGUUUAGUGGGUGUCUAGAUGUGUGGCUUCAGACUUCCCAGAUGUGUUUAGUGGGUGAGCUGACAGUAAUGUGUGGUUGUCUAGAUGUGUGGCUUCAGACUUCCCAGAUGUGUUUAGUGGGUGAGCUGACAGUAAUGUGUGGCUUCAGACUUCCCAGAUGUGUUUAGUGGGUGAGCUGACAGUAAUGUGUGGCUUCAGACUUCCCAGAUGUGUUUAGUGGGUGAGCUGACAGUAAUGUGUGGCUUCAGACUUCACAGAUGUGUUUAGUGGGUGAGCUGACAGUGAUGUGUGGGUGUCUAGACAUAUGUGUCACUAUACUGAAAGUUGUAAGCACUUGAAGCUUUAUGUGAAAAGAUUUAAAUUAUAUCCUGGUCAAUAAACAUUUUCUUCCAACUCUA